GGUUUUGCGAAAGCUGUGAUUCAGGUGCUUUGGGAGAAGAUCUUGGGAGCCGCACAUGAUGAUUUGAAGCACCAUGCUGGCCGCUGCCUACGUUGCUUUUGUUUUCCUCCUGGUAAUAUGCGUCGGCCUCGAAUUCUCUGCCUGCCGUUCCAAGCUCACCGGCAGGUCUUGCUCCAACCCAGCUUUCUUGCGGUUCCAGGUGGACUAUUACCAGGUCUACUUCUUGGCUCUUGCAGCUGAUUGGUUGCAAGGGCCUUACCUUUACAAACUGUACCAACACUAUCACUUCCUGGAGGCUCAGAUCACCAUCAUCUAUGUCUGCGGCUUUGCCUCCACUGUCCUGUUUGGGUUGGUCUCCUCUUCCCUGGUCGACCGCUUGGGCCGCAAGAAGUCCUGCAUCCUCUUCUCCUUGACGUACUCCGUCUGCUGCCUCACCAAACUCUCUUGGGAUUAUUUCGUGCUGAUCCUCGGGAGGAUAUUGGGAGGGCUGUCCACCGCCCUGCUGUUCUCCGCCUUCGAAGCCUGGUACGUGCACGAGCACGUGGAGCGCUAUGACUUCCCGGCGGAGUGGAUCCCCUCGACGUUCUCCAAGGCGGCUUUCUGGAACAGCGCGAUCGCGGUGGGAGCAGGGGUGGUGGCCAACGCCUUUGCCGAGUGGCUGGGCCUGGGCCCGGUGGCUCCCUUCAUGGUCUCCAUUCCCUUCCUGGUGAUGGCUGGCGUCUUGGCUAUGAAGAACUGGGACGAGAAUUACGGCAAGAAGCGGGCCCUCUCCAAGACUUGCACUGACGGCUUGAAGUGCCUCCUCUCUGACCGCCGGGUCCUGCUCCUGGGCACCAUCCAGGCCUUGUUCGAAAGCGUCAUCUACAUCUUCAUCUUCCUCUGGACGCCUGUCUUGGACCCUCACAACCCACCGCUGGGCAUCGUCUUCUCCAGCUUCAUGGCAGCCAGCAUGGUGGGCUCCUCACUCUACCGCAUCGCCACCUCCAAGAAGUACCACCUCCAGCCCAUGCACAUCCUUUCUCUCUCGGUCCUGAUGGUCUUCUUCUCCCUUUUCAUGCUGACUUUCUCGACCAACCCUGGCCAGGAGAACCCUCUGGAAUCCUUCUUGGCCUUCCUCCUCAUCGAGCUGUCCUGCGGACUCUACUUCCCUUCCAUGGGGUUCCUUCGGCAGAAGGUGAUCCCCGAGAAGGACCAGGCUGGCGUGAUGCACUGGUUCCGGGUCCCUCUCAACUUGCUGGCCUGCCUCGGCCUGCUCAUCCUCCACGACAGUGACUACAAGACGGGCACCAGGAACAUGUUCACCAUCUGCUCCGUCAUGAUGGUGAUGGCCCUCCUGGCAGUGGUGAGCCUCUUCACCGUGGUCCGUAACAAUGCAGAACUCCGGAUGCCCAGCCCACCAGGUCACACUGAGGCCUCUUCUCCUGAACUCUGAUCUCGUGCGCUG